CCUCACCUAUUCUCAAAAACCCUAACUCACUCUCUCUCUCUCUAAAACCCCGCCUUCACUCUCUCUUCCAUUCUCUCAUAUUCUUCGGCGAUGGAGUUCUGGGGUGCUGAGGUGAAAGGUGGAGAGCCUUUUACGGUUUUACCCGAUGAUGGCAUGGUUUUGCAUCUCUCUCAGGCUUGUCUUGGUGAGGUGAAAAAUGGGAAAACAAAUGAACCUGUCUACUUGUUCAUUCAUGUUAAUGGAAAGAAACUUGUUCUCGGAACACUCUUCACCGAGAAGUUGCCUCAGCAGCAGUUCGAUUUGGUGUUCGACCAAGAAUUUCAGAUUUCUCACAACUGGAAAUCUGGGAGUGUCUACUUCUAUGGUUACAUGGCUAAUAAUGGAUAUGAAGAAGAAUCUGCAGGUGAGUCUGAUUCGGAGUCGUCUGAGGAGGAGGAGGAGGAACUCCCAGUUCAAGUUCAAAAUAAUGGGAAGGCGAAGCAGGAGAAGCCUGUGGAAGCUGUGAAAGCGAAUGCUGCGAAAGAAAAGAAGACUGAUGCUGUGAAAGCUAAUGCUGGUAAGCAAAAGGUGAAGAUUGUGGAGCCGGAGAAAGACGAGUCUAGCGAUGAUGACUUGAUGUCUGACGAUGACGAUUCCGAGGACUCUGACGACUCCGAGGAUGAAUCUGGUGAGAGUGACGAGGAGACACCAAAGAAGGCUGAGCCAAGUAAGAAGAGAGCUGCAGAAUCUGCUACAAAAACUCCUGUACAAGACAAGAAGGCUAAAGUGACUCCCCAAAAAACUGACGGCAAGAGAGUUAGUGGUCAUGUAGCGACACCUCACCCAGCUAAGAAGGCUGACAAAACACCCAAGCCUAAUCAGCAGACACCUAAAUCGGGCGGAUCAUCGUCGAUUACCUGCAAGAGCUGCAGCAAGGGUUUCGGUUCCGAAAAGGCUCUGGAAUCGCAUUCUAAAGCCAAGCAUGGCGACAAAAAGUAAUCUGGAAUUUUAGUUACGUGUGCUUUUUGAUAGAGGUUUUUUUCGGAUGGAAAUUGUUGAGAAGGUAAUUUGUGUUCGUUCUCAUGCUUGUAAACGCUGCGGUAUGACUAUCAUAGUGCGAUGGGGUUUAUUUUGUUUAUGUUUGAUGAAUUUUGGAUGAUUAUUAUUAUUAUUAUAUUAGUUUAUCGUAUGAUGAUGUCUUCA